UGAAAUGCUGUUGUGCAGAGUUAAGAUCAUUCGGAAACAGCAGAGCGGCUUGCAGAGCGGUAGCUGCAGACCCCCACGGCCAGCCCCUGCCUGCCACGGGCUCCCUUGGAUUUAGCACUGGUCGCUCCGGAUGCCCGCGCUUUGGGAGACAGCUCUGCACCUUUGCAUUCGACAUUCUCGUUGCACUUCGUCUUUGCUAGGAUCGGAGGAAAGAGUUGCAAGCGGGAGACCAUGUGGUGAAAAGGAGCCGUGAGCCGAGGAAGCUGUUGAGCACCACCACUCCACGCGUGCCUUGCCGGGAGGGGAAAUCGCGCGCUUGGAAAGCAAAGGAGAGCUGCAAGUUGGCGGCAGGCAGGAGCGGACCGACCGUGCCUUUUGCAAACACGCUUUGCCGAAGCCUUUCCACGGCUCGCAAGAGACUCUCUCCAACCCAACCAUACGGAUGUAGCGUGGGAUUGAAUUGCCGUACGAUCGGACGAAACCAGUUUUGCCAAACCGACUUGAUCUUUUUUUUUUAACCUCCUCUGGAUUCCCGGGAGCGGAGUGCCUGGCAGCUCAGCAGAGACAACUGUGUUUGCUUAAAGAACAAGUAACUUUGGAGAGGAGGGGCCGGCCACGCACCCCAAUGAAUGUUGAAGCUUCGGGAAGAAGGGUGUUUUGGGAGCAAAUUGGAUUGCCUUCUGUCCUGGGAGGAAGGGUCUGUGAUCGCUGUGUGCGCCUAGGAGGAGAGAAGGACACGACCUCGCCAGUCAAAGGGGAGCUGGAGACCAAGGACCGUCUCCAUUGGGCAUGAUUUCUCCAGCGUUUUAAGACAUCACACGCUGCCUUAUGGAUUUAACUUAGCAGGGCGGUGCUUUCACGCGGGGUUGCCGUUCAGAGACGACUUCAGAUGCAUGCCAGGUUCUUAGUGAAUGCCAGAAGUAGAGAUCACUACAGAUGGAGUCCCAAGGUCAGCAUGGCAACGGCAGUUCAUUAGUUGUCCUUCAGCAGCCUUCUUUGGAUAGCAGGCAAAGGGUAGACUAUGAAAGAGAUGUCCAGCCAACAACUAUCUUGUCCCUGGACCAGAUCAAGACCAUCAGGGGCAGCAAUGAGUACACUGAAGGCCCAUCUGUGGUGAAAAAGUCUGCUCCACGGACAGCACCUAGGCAAGAAAAACAUGAAAGGACUCAUGAAAUCAUACCAAUUAAUGUGAAUAAUAACUAUGAGCACAGACCCAACCACCCCAGUCACUUGCUGCAUCAACAAAAUGCGAGGGCUCCUGUGUUGAGCAGAUCUACGAGCACUGGGAGCGCAGCUAGUUCUGGAAGCAACAGCAGCGCAUCUUCAGAGCAGGGCCUGCUGCUAAGGCUACCCCCAUCCAGGCCAGGCCCAGGCCACAGAUCUGAGAGGCCAAUCUGGACGCAGCCCAAGCCGUCAUCUCUGAUUGUGGAUGACCUGACAGGGCCCUUGAAAGAGGACUCGACGCAGUACAAAUUUAUCUGUGAACAGUGCGGGAAGUGCAAGUGUGGAGAGUGCACAGCACCCAGGGCCUUGCCAUCCUGCUUGGCCUGCAACAGGCAAUGCUUGUGCUCAGCAGAGAGCAUGGUGGAAUACAGCACCUGUAUGUGCCUGGUCAAAGGGAUCUUCUACCACUGUUCCAAUGAUGAUGAAGGGGACUCUUAUGCGGAUAAUCCUUGCUCUUGUUCCCAGUCACAUUUCUGGUCGAGGUACUUAUGCAUGGGAGCCCUGUCCUUGGUUUUGCCAUGUUUGCUCUGCUAUCCUCCUGCAAAAGGAUGCCUAAAACUGUGCCGAGGAUGUUAUGACCGGAUCAAUCGUCCAGGUUGCCGAUGUAAGAACUCCAACACGGUUUAUUGUAAGCUGGAAAGUUGCCCUUCUAGGGGUCAAGACAAGCCCUCAUGAUUUAUGGAGGGAGAUGUUCAGUUCCUCAGACUCUUUCAGGUUGUGGCUGGCUUUUCUGUCUUGAUUUUUCCACCAACCCUCCCUCCCAGUCAUUUUCCAUUCUUCCUGUAAUGUUCUUUGUUUCCUACACUGUAGUUUCUCUCAACAAGGGCAAAUCUGAGUGUUUCUUUGGUCUUUGGCAAGUGUGGCCCAUGUACUUGCAUCUCCGUUCUUGGCAAGUAAUCUCAGGUUUGUGAGUAAUCCACUCCUGAAAGAAGUAAUGAGGGUAAUGGGCUGUUCUGAAGCCUUAUUAUUCUGUAAACAGCUUUCCAAAGAUGCUAUUUUAUUUGUUCUCUGCAACUCCUUUUUUCCACACCCUCCCUUAAUGCCUUCCAAGCAAUUAUUUCAAGUUUUUCCCCCCAGAAACAGUUGAAUUAUUAAGCUUUUUAAAAAAGGAAGCAUUUGUUAUAGUUGGUUUGGAAUUUAGUAAACCCUGUACCUGACUUUUCUUCAUAGUGCACCUCAUUUUUUUCACUUCCUCCUUUAAAAAUUUCUCUGUCCAGUCUCAUGGGAUCCUCAUGUAUUUAGAUUGGCUCUUCCACUUUUUGUUGCUUAAUAGAAGGAUCUGCACACUGAAGAUGUAUUGGCUUCAGAUUGGUUCAUUAGUUUCUAUAGCUUCUAUAUAUGUGCAGGGCCUUUUAAAAACCUCUCUUCUUUUGAUACUAAAGUUGUUGGUUUCUGGCAUCUGAGAAAUAAUCUUCGGGUAUCAUAAAUUUUAAGUUGUAUAAACAUUCUUUAGUCUCUAACAUUUCUGUAUUUCUGUGGUUUAACAACAUUUAACUCAACCCUGUGCUUGGUAACUUUAGCCUCUCUGUUUUUAUUGCCUUAGCCACAAAUUGUGGUGCUCUUUUGUAUAUUUUAUGUAUAAAACACAAAGUUGAAUUCUGACUAUUUUUAAGACAAAGGUCUGUCAAAACUUUUUUAUUGUAAAGAAUAUUUAUUAUGUGAAUCUUUAUUAUUUUAUGAUAUUUAUUACAAAGAACUGUUCCAAAAAUGUACUCCUGUCUGACUAUAACAAAAUAUCAAUACUUAAUGAAAUAAGGGUGACACGAAGAAAGUACAUAUGUUAAACUAUAAUGCAGAAAAUAUAAUAAUUAAUGAAAA